AUGGCCAAACUCGACCAAGUCCGCGCCUCCAAUGCCGCUAUCAACUCUCAGAGACCCGAGCUGGUAGCUGUCUUUGUAGGCGCGACCAGCGGCAUCGGUGAAGGAACAGCAAAGGAACUCGCCAACACGGUCAAGAAGCCGACAAUUCAUCUCAUCGGACGUAACGAGGCUACCGGUUCCAAGAUCUUGGAUGAACUGAAGGCCGCGAAUCCCGAGGGAUCUUUUCAUUUCAUCAAAUCCGACGUGUCGCUACUCAAGAACGUUGACAAGGCUUGCGCCGAGAUCAAGGAGAAGGAAGAAUCAAUCGACCUGCUCUUUAUGAAUACACCCGAAGGCCUCGAAAACAAUCACGCUCUCCGCUUCUACUCACGUAUGCGCUUCAUAUACAACCUACUUCCUCUCCUCCGCGCCUCGAAGGGACCGGCCCGCGUGAUCUCCGUCCUUGGCGGCGGACAAGAAGGCACUAUCUCGGAAGACAACCUCGAUCUGCAAAAGAAGUGGACAUUCCUGAAUUCUCUCACCUACGCGUCGACUAUGAACUCGCUCGCUGUUGAACACCUCGCUGCUCAGAACCCCUCCGUCAGCUUCAUUCACAUGUUCCCCGGCGUCGUGCGCACGCCGCUAAUGAGCAGCACGUUUGGGAGCCUGGCCGGCUCGAUUAUGGGGCUCUUGUCGACGCCAAUCUCGAUGACGCCUAAGGAGAGCGGGCAGCGGAAUCUCUAUAUGGCGACGUCAGCGGCGUAUCCGGCGGCGAAGACGGAUGGUCAGACGAGUACUGGCGUGCCUCUUGUCGAUGGGGUGGGUAUUUCCAAGUCGUCAACGGGCAGCGUGGGCGGCGGCUCGUAUAUCUUGAAUUAUGAUGGGGGUGAUGCCACGAAUCGGAAGGUCAUGGAUGGGUAUCGCGAGAAGCAGUUCCCGGCGAAGAUCUGGGAGCAUACGUUGGCGACUUUUGCGAAGGCGUUGGAUCCGGCUCAGUAA